AUGAUUUCUGAUAAUACUAGUAUGUAUAAAAUAAUUAAAGAAGACAAUAAAAAUAAUAGUGAGAAAGAUGAUAAAGAAAAUAUUGAAGAUAAUAAAAAGAAAGACAAAGAUGACAGUAAAGAAGAUGACAAUAAAGAAGAUGACAAUAAAGAAGGUGAUAAUAAAGAAAAUGAUAAUAAAGAAGAUAAUAAAAAAGAAGAUUGUAUUGAAAAAAAUAUUGUUGAAGAUAAUAACAUAGAAGGAUAA